GGCGUUUUACUCCACGAUAUCCUAGUGCUGGGUCGCACUGUCGUUCACUAGUUACAGAUAGGGAUGUGGGGACACUCGUGAGAGGCUGGCGGUCUGCUUGAUCCUGCCUGUGAAAACUACAGCCAGACGCGCAUAAAAGCGCGCAACCUCCCCUCCCAUAUCUGCGUCUUCCUCGGAUCACGACCGUUGUCUGGCUAUCACAAUCACGAGACACGCCGACACACACGAUACAGCAACAAUGGGAUUCCAACCACUCGCCCGCCUGCGCGGCACACCGCUGGUGUACAGCAUCACCAUCGCAUCCAGUUCGGGGUUUAUGCUCUUCGGCUACGACCAAGGUGUCUUCUCUGGUGUUAUUGUUGCGCCAUGGUUCCUUGAAAAGUUCAACCAUCCGGACGCCGGGUUAAUGGGAACCGUGAACGCUCUCUUCGACAUUGGCGGCGCGAUCGGAGCAAUUAUCGUUUUUCUCAUAGGAGGAUAUUUGGGUCGGAAGAGGUCUAUUCUGCUUGGAUCUAUCAUCGUUAUCAUCGGAGCAAUUAUUCAGGCAACUGCAGGCACUAUCGCAGCGCUAUGCGUUGGGCGUAUAGUGGCAGGAGUCGGUGUGGGCAUAGACACUACUGCAAUCCCUGUAUGGCAAGCCGAAACAGCACCGCCGAAAUCGCGAGGUCUCCACAUGGGAUUGGAAUUGGUUUUCACGGCUACCGGUUUGCUUAUUUCCCAAUGGACGAAUUUCGGUCUCGGAACGAACAACGGCUCUGCAGCCUUCUUUAUCCCUGUCCUCUUGCAGAUUGUGUUCCCGGCAAUCACCAUCGUGAUGCUUCUAUCCGGUCUUCCUGAGAGUCCUAGAUGGCUUAUUGGCAAGGGUCGAAUCGACGAAGCCAAGGAGGCUCUCGAGCGCCUCCAUGACUCAUCAGAAGACAGAAGCGUCGAAGAUUAUUUCAGGGAGAUGCAGGAAGUUGUCGAGCUGGAGGGAGUCUCCGAGAAGUCUAACUUCAAGCUUAUUUUCACCUCCGGCCCAACACAGAACCUGCGCCGUGUUCUGCUCGCCUGUUGGAUGAUGAGUAUGCAGCAACUUGGAGGCAUCAACUCGAUUACCUACUACGUACCCACACUUUUGCAGCAAUUCCUUAGGACCUCUCGAUACACCUCUCUCUGGGUUGCCGGUCUGACAUCGGUUAUCUCGGUUACAUGCGCGCUGUUCCCAGUAUUCUUUAUCGAUCGCCUAGGUCGUAUCCCGCUUCUCGUCGGCGGUGCCGUCGGCCAGUCCGUCUGCUUUGCCAUUGUCGCCGCGCUGCUUGCCACGACUCCCGAGAACUCGUACGCUUUCGGAUUCGGCAUCAUCUUCUUCAUUUACCUCUACUUCGCCAUCUUCAGCGGAACCUGGCUCGCCGGUUCUUGGAUGUACCCCGCUGAGAUCUUGCCUCUCCGCGUCCGAGGUGCUGGUGCCUCCAUGGGUGUCUUCUGCUACUGGAUGUUCAACUUCCUGGUCGUUAUGAUCACUCCCACUGCCCUGCAGAACAUCGGCUACAAGAUGUACGUCAUCUUCGCCAUCUUCAACAUGUGGUUCGCUAUCACGAUCUGGUUCAUCUACCCCGAGACCGCCGGCAAGACUCUCGAGGACAUCGACAUGGAGUUCGCCAAGAAAUACGGCGGCGACAAUGCUCUGAACGAGCUCGAGAGCAGUGCCAGCGCCUCGGGAUUCGACAAGGGCCACGGCACGAGUGUCGAGAAGGAGAGCGUCUAGCUCACUGGUCGCUAAUGACGGGUGGUGCGUGUGAACUGAUGAAAGAUGGCGUGGUGGGGCGGUGUAUAUGUUUUUUUAAUUCAUUUUGAGCAUGGUUACUUAUUUACUGUGCUCCUUCGAUUGCACUCAUGGGGAAGAGUGCGGCUUGGUUAAAUUUCCUACUUAACUCAAUGAUCUUUUGUAAUGAUAUCCGGUCGGUGCGGUUCUGUAUCUACAUACUAUAUCAAACUUUCGUUCUUCAC